AUGGCGAUGGCCGCGCGGCCGCAGACGCCCUCACAGGAUGCAUACAUGAUCCCGCACGUCAACAAUCCGGCCGCCUUGAGUCGCGGAUACGGCCCGCGCUCCGUCUCGCGACCGAGUUCUUUCGCCGGAACCACAUCGGCAUACCACUACGGCUCCGGUGCUCUGGAGUCGUCGCAGAUUCCCCACAACCCUCGGUUCAAGGAGGAUUUCGAUACCGUCAGCCACCGCAGCUCGGUCCUCGACGCCCCCACUGGAAUGCAGCGCUCUUCCUCCACAGCGUCACAUGUGCGCUCCACGACUCCGUCCCGUUCGGGAACAUUGCAAAAGAAGGCUUCGAUGAGCAAGAAGGGAAGCUUGCGGCGCAAUGGCAGCCGGAGGAGUAUGCGCGCAGGCAGUGUCAGGAGUCUCAGCUUGGGCGAUCGUGAAAAGUACAACACGGAUGGAUCGGAGGAUCCCAACAGCGCUUUUAUGAUUCCAAUUCCCACCAACGGUAACCCGACCGAGGUGUUGGCCAAUCGGUUUGGAGCUUGGCGCAAGGUGCUCAAGGAUCUGAUUCUCUUCUUUAAGGAAGUGCAAAAGUCAUACGAAUCAAGGUCAAAGUUGUUCUUGUCCGCCUCCAAUGUCGUCAACAACCAGACCCUCCCGCCUGGGUUGCUCGGGUCCACUGGUUUGGCCGAAGCGACAGAUAUUCUGCAGGACUUACACAGACAGGGUUACGCGGAGGCCAAUAAAGCCGUGGAGGUCGAGGCCGAGGUGAUCAGCCAAUUGACUGGGCUCCGAAGCGAUCUCCAGAAGAAGACCAAGGAGAUCAAGAGUCUUUCGGCCGACUUCAGGAACACUGUCGAGAAGGAGCUCGAUGGUACCCGCAAGUCUGUGCGCAACCUGCAGGAAGCUCUCGGACUUGUCGACACUGAUCCGUCUGCGACAUCUGGUAAAGGUGAUCCGUUCAUCAUGCGCCUGCAGGCGGAGAGACAAGUCGAGAAACAGAUUGAGGAGGAGAACUACUUGCAUCGGGCAUUCUUGAAUUUGGAGAACUCGGGCCGUGAACUGGAGGGUAUCGUCGUGAGCGAGAUUCAGAAAGCAUACAAUGCCUACGCCAACAUUCUUCGCCGCGAAGCCAAUGAGUCUCUUGACGCUGUGGAGAAGCUCCAAGCUGGUCCAAUCUCCAUGCCCCAAGAUCAUGAGUGGAAUGAGUUUGUCGCCAACACCGACGAGCUCGUCGAUCCCCGGAUCCCUCUUCGGAAUGUGGAGAGCAUCACCUACCCGGGUAAGGAUCAUCCGGCAGCUGCCGAAGUUAGGGCUGGUAUGUUGGAGCGCAAGAGCAAGUAUCUCAAGAGUUAUACCCCUGGAUGGUACGUGUUGUCGCCGACGCAUCUCCACGAGUUCAAGUCCGCGGAUCGUAUCGCAUGGCAAACUCCAGUCAUGUCGCUUUAUCUGCCCGAGCAGAAGCUUGGCUCCCACUCUCAGGAUAACUCAAGCUCUCACAAAUUCAUGCUGAAGGGCCGACAGACUGGCGCGAUGCAUCGAGGCCACUCCUGGGUGUUCCGUGCCGAAUCUCACGAGACUAUGAUGUCAUGGUAUGAAGACAUUGAGGGCUUGAUCAACAUGACGGGCGAAGCCCGAAACGCUUUCGUCCGCAAACAUGUCCGCAGCGUGAGUGGUAGGUCAAUGAAUAGCGAAGUUCUGGAAGAUGAUGAAGCGGACCGCACCCCAUACUCCGCCGGCUCUGUGGUAAUGGCCCAAGACAGACCGACGUCCUCUCGCCAGCCCGGAGGUGCGUUCCCCAGCGACGUCCAAAUUGACCGACAAGCGCCCUUGUCACCUUCCAGUGGUGACAGCUCCGCGGGCCGAGACAUGCUAGGAGCCGGUGGAUCCCAUCCUGGCGGAUCGAGUGCGUUUGAGGACAACUCACGACAAGUACGAAAUCACGAAGGAGACGAUACUUCCUACCAAGCCUACCGGGCCAAUGAGGAGACAGCCGACCAGUCUCGCCCCAAAGUGUCCCAACAUGAUAGCUACUACGGCGACUGGAUUGGGCCGUCUGUGAUCGUGGCCAAGCAGAGACAGAGCCAGCAAGCGGAAAACAAGCAAUAUCAAGACCAACAGGCUCACAAUCAGCAACUUAACAACUUGAAUUCGGAUGAUCGCGAAAUCCGGUCUGACGGCGACCAGGCUUCCCUCGCCGCCAUCGCGGGCGUAGGUAUGGCCGAUCGUCGCGAUCACUCCGCUCCUCCCCAGAUGACUCGUCGGGAGAGUGUCUCGACGGCACCUACCAACACCAACGCGACCGAGUCUACCAACAACACCAAUGCUACCUCGGUAGAUGAUACUCAGGACCUUUCCAAGCUCCAGGCGCUUAGCCUCAAUAAUGGUUCUAUUGACCGAGCUCGUGGAUCGAUCACUGCCAGCAAAUUCCCACCCGAGUUACUGCGCCAAAAGACAGACAGCAGUCUCGCCGCAGACAUGAAGAUUCCAGGUCGUUAUCCUCCUACCCAUGUGGCGGCAUAG